CAAAAUAUACACAAACUAGUUGGUUUUGUUUGCUCCCGAAACUCUGUCGAAUGUUUUAAGAAUUUCUUCGUUUAAAUUGGAUAUUUUUGAAUUACAAAUUAAUUGAGCUGGAAAGUGAGAUGGCGUUUAUUAGCAACAACCUUGACCAGUGUAGCUUUUGCUCCGACACAUGCAGUGGGGAAUUGCAAUACGCGCUUAUCCCCUCUCACCAAGAGCAGAAACUAGAAAUUGUGUUGCAGAAAUUUAGCAAUCUCAGUUCCCAGUUGAGCAGUUAUCCCACAUGCGAAAAAUGCCACCAAGAAUUUAUAACCGUCCACAAUAUCCCCGAGAGCUGCUUCCAAACAUUGCACUGCUCCAAUUCGACUGAUAACAUUAAGAUAGAACCAGAGUUAAUGAUUGAUGACCACGAGCUGUCGGAAAAUGAAAACAUAUUUGAGACGGACUCAACAGUGGGCUUUGGGUCGAUUGAACCGGAAGACAAAACGGGAAUAAAGAGCGAAAACGGAGAGAUAUUUUUCAUCAGCGAAAUGAACGAUGAAGACGACAAUAUAUCACUGUUUAAAUGUGAAAAGUGUGAAAAAACAUUUAGCUCUAGUCAGAAGCUAGCAAAGCACGUUCGAACCCAUACCGAUGAGCGUCCAUAUUCUUGUCCACAUUGUCUAAAAGCGUUUAAGAAUCAUUCAGCGCGCAGAGAGCACAUUCGAACUCAUACGGGCGAACGUCCGUAUACUUGUCCACAUUGUCUAAAGGCGUUUAAGAAUCAUUCAGCGCGCAGAGAACACAUUCGAACUCAUACGGACGAACGUCCGUAUACUUGUCCACAUUGUCCAAAAUCGUUUAAACAUAACUCAACGCUCAAACAGCACAUUCUAACACAUACGGAUGAUCGACCCAUGUCUUGUCCACAUUGUCCGAAAGCGUUCAAUCGAAUCACAACGCUAAAACAGCACCUUCGUACUCAUACAGGUGAACGUCCAUAUACUUGUCCACACUGUCCAAAAUCUUUUAAAACUAACUCAACGCUCCUAAGUCACAUCCAAAGGCAUACGGAUAAACGUCCCCAUUCUUGUUCACAUUGUCCAAAAGCGUUCAAUCAACUUGCAACGCUUAAACUUCACAUUCGAACGCAUACGGAUGAACGUCCCUUUUCUUGUCCACAUUGUCCGAAAACGUUUAGGUAUCCUCCAACACUCCGCGAGCACAUUCUAACUCAUACGGGCGAAUGCCCCUAUCCUUGUCCACAUUGUCCGAAGACGUUCAAGCGAUCUACGACGCUCAAACAGCAUAUUCGAACUCAUACGGAUAAUCGUCCCUAUUCUUGUCCACAUUGUCCGAAAGCGUUCAAACAACUUAAUACGCUCAAACUUCACAUCCGAACUCAUACAGAUGAACGUCCCUAUUCGUGUCCACAUUGUUCGAAAGCAUUCAGACAUCGGACAUCGUUCAAGGGGCACCUUCGUACUCAUACGGGUGAACUUCCCUAUUCUUGUCUACAGUGUCCGAAAGCGUUUAGGAAUCGCAGCACGCUCGUAAAUCACAUUCAAACUCAUACGGAUUCGUUGGAAACGAAUGAAACAGUGAUUUAGAUGUUUUGUAGAAGGAUGUUCACUUACCAUCGAGUUCGUCAUAAAUAUAGAGCCGUAAUACGUUCUAGGCAACUGAGCGACAUUUGAUAUGAUACUUGUUGAUACUUGCGCCAGAAGGUGGUGUUAUUUUCAGCCAACAUCGUUUUAGAAUCUAUUUCAGGAGAUAAAUCGUUCAAAUGUGAAAAGUGUGAAAGGCUUAAAAUAAAAGCUUAAACAGCACAUUUUGACUCAUGUGAGUUGGGGGAAAACAUG